GGAAUCCAUUAUUUCAACCGAGGUUUUUUAUGACAGAUUAUUCAAACGAGGAAAUAAAUGCACUCGAAUAUGUGUUUCCAGGUUGUAAAGUAUUUAUCUGUGUUUUUCACAGAGAGCAAGUUUGGGAAAGAUGGCUGUCAAAAACCAUAAAUGGAUGCUGCCUUGUGAAAGAUCAAGUUAAGAAAAUGCUUCGUGAUAUUGCACAUGCAAAAAUAGAAGAUAUUUGUCAAAAGGCAGUUCAAGGGCUCCAGGAAUCACAAGUAUGGAAAAUACACCAAAAACUCGCUGAGUAUUUAACAAACACUUGGUUACCUAUCCAAAAGAGAUGGGUGUUUGCUUACAGACAGGAUCGUCUCCUGCUGAAUGUUAACACUAACAAUGGAACUGAGAGGCAGCAUCAAUCUUUUAAAUAUAGUUUUUUAGAAAAACGAAAGAAUUCUUCAAUAACAGCUAUGCUAAGUAUUUGUAUUGAAGAAUUUCUUCCUCACAAAUUUGACAUGUUAGUUGAGUUAUUAUUUAAGAUAUAAAAGUGUAUGGAAUAGUAUAUUAAAUAUAUUAAAGUAUUUUUAUAAAAAGAUAACAAUGAUGAAUGUAACGAGUCACAGCAUUACAAUUAAUAAUAAAUUGUUAACUUGUCUUUGUUAUAUCAACAUAAUAAUUGUGAUAAUUUA